AUGUUUCCGCCUGUUGAGGAAUCGGUUCUUCAAAACAAUUCUGACUUCGCCAAUUUAUAUAAGAAACUUACUAAUGUGGUGCUCAACCCAGAUGGGUCAACGCAGAAUGACCCUCGAGCUAAAGAGCGGGCUUCUGUUAGAGAGGAGCUUGAACGUCGGCGUCUGAUCUCCGCGAAACAACAUCUUCUUACUUGCGCUAUCUCAACAGCAACUCCGUCAAGCACACCGCCUGCGACAAGAGCAUCAUCUCGUCUACGGGUCCCUCAAGGUCAACAAGCAGGAGACUCGAGGUCUCAACAGCAACAGCAACAGCAACAGCAGCCUUCACUUCCGGAACCACUCCUCGACCUCUUAAUUGUUCUCCCUCCACUUCUCGACGCCAAUAACCCGCCUCUUCCUCAAGAUACCCUCCAGUUAUUAUUUGCCCACCCUCCCCUUUCAGAACUUGAGACGCUACUUCCCACGCUGGCGCCCAUCAUCGCUUCGAACCUACGUACAUGGGCACUAGGCCUUGCCCGGAUCGCGCAUCCUUCUACAAACCCUUCCUUCCUACACCGUCAUAUAUAUACACUGCCGAGUACGUUAUCCAGCUGGCGCUCUGACCUCGCCGCCGCCGAAACAGAACUCAGCUCUCAUCGUUUACGCUCCCUUGCCGCCUUGGCAACCCUUCUUCAAACCGCUACGAAUGCGUUGAGUCUUUUGGUGCGCGCUCUCGAGGUCAAGCACGGUGUCAUAGCUCGUAGCCUAGAACUUCGUGCUGCAGAAGUCUCCCUCCAUGCACGCCGACACGACGCCGAUGCCGCUAUCGCCGCUGCUUCUGUGCGUCGUGCGGUAUAUACCCCUGAAGCAAUUACUGCUCUUAAGAACUAUGGUGCUCAUUUGCGCGAUGCCAAAAUGCGAGGUGAGGAGCGCGUUCGCGGUUUAACAGCUGAGCUUGGAGAGUAUGGGGUUGGUGUUGAUGGCGAAGAAGGUAAGGAAAAGAAGAUGAAGGAGAUGUCCAGAGUGUAUCGGGAAAUGACGAGGCAGAUGGACGACGUAAAAAGAGAUCUCGACCGACUUAAUCAGGGAUGA